AUGUCGCGAGCGAUGAUGCGUCUCGCGCGACGCGUGGUGGGAAAGAACGCGUCGGUGCCCGUUCGAGGGGCGUCGACGCAGUCGCGGGCGUCGAUCGAGACGUUUAUGAAGAAUUUCGAGCAACACAAGACGUCGCCGACGAUGGAGCACCCGGCGACGAGCUCGACGUUCGCGUCGACGCCGGUGACGGAAGACGUGAAGGGAACGCCGGAGAAGAUGAAGCUUAAUUUUUACUUGCCGCAUGAUGCGCCGUUUGACAAGACAGAGGUUGACAUGGUGCUCGUUCCGGCGACGACGGGCGAUUUCGGCGUUCUUCCGGGACACGUGCCGACGGUUUCGCAGCUCAGACCCGGGGUGGUGAGCGUACACGUCAGCGAUAAGGACGUGCAGCGAUAUUUCGUCUCCGGUGGCUUCUGCUUCGUGCACGCGGACUCAACGACGGAUAUUUGCGCAGUUGAGGCGGUGCCGGUGGAGCAAUUGGAUCCAGAGGCGGUGAAGAAGGGACUGGCGGAGCAUCAGGCCAAGUUUGCGAACGCGAAGGAUGACGUCGAAAAGGCGCACGCGCAGAUCGGUAUCGAUUGCUGCAACGCAAUGGUUUCCGCGAUCGAGGGGAAAUAA